UAGCUAGUUAGGAUUUUCACUAUAAUAUAACAUAGAUACUUCUAUAUUUUAUAUAGUUCAUAACGAAUUGGUCGUGUAAACAUCAUUCACGUGUUGCUUGGUUGUGUAACGUCUUUCACGUAUUUCUUUCGAAUGUUUAUGCAUUGUUCAUCAUGGGGAAGACAAAAGUAGAGGAGAGAAAAGAGACAAAAGCAGAAAAUAGGCGUGCCUCGAAACCGAGAAACAGCAAAAAGAAGCCGCAGAAUCGAUACGUGUUAGAAGAAGAAAGUGAAAGUGUCAGUACAUCGGUAAAGAAACUGAAACAGAGUGAAGAUGAAUAUCAUAUCAAUGUGGACGCAACUAUUGAUUAUCGUUUCAUCGAUUUUGUGACUGUUUUUGCAGCAAUGUCUGAAUUUCUAGUGUGCAAAGUGUGUAAAUCUCCCAUAAAGUUUCAAGAAGCAAGUAUUCGAGGACUGGGUUUCAAAAUUGCAAUUCUUUGUGAACAAUGCUCACCGAAAUAUAUAAAGUCGUGUCCCGUCAUAAAUAAUCAUGCAUAUGAUAUAAAUCGUUGUAUAGUUUUUGUUAUGCGAUUGCUCGGUGUUGGUGUAAAUGGAAUUAAAAAAUUCUGUUCAUUCAUGUGUCUACCACAUCCAGUAUUCCAGUCAUUUUAUGACAAAAUCGUUUCGACUAUUUCUAUUGCUACCGCAACCGUACGAGAGAAAUCAAUGAAGAACGCAGCUGCUAAAGAGAAAGAAUUCCAGUACAGAAGGGACUUACAGAAGGGAUAGUAGUUUCAGACGACAGUACGUGGAAGAAGAGGGGAUUCUCGUCUUUAUUAGGCGUUACGUCAUUGAUAGGAUGGUGCACCGGGAAAGUCAUUGAUGUUAAUGUAAAGUCGAAAAUAUGUAAUCAAUGCAAUUACUGGAAACGAAAAGAAGGAACGGUAGAAUACGAAGAAUGGGCUGCGACACACGAAGAUAGCUGUCAAAAAAAUCACGAGGGAUCGGCUGGAAAAAUGGAGGUUGACGCAAUUAUUGAAAUGUUUCAACGAUCAGACGAACUCCAUAAUUUGAAAUAUAGUCACUACAUAGGGGAUGGAGACAGUAAAACAUAUAAAGGUAUUUUAGACUCGAAACCAUAUGAAAAUUUGGACGUUAAGAAAAAAGAAUGUAUCGACCACGUUCAAAAAAGGAUGGGAACGCGACUUCGGAAUUUAAAAAAAAUGUACGAGGUAUUGGUAGCAGAGGCAAGCUAACUGGAAAAUUAAUUGACGAUCUAUCACUAUAUUUUGGUCUAGCAAUACGCAGGAAUCAUGAUUCAAUUGUAAACAUGAAGAAAGAAAUAUGGGCCACGGUUUAUCAUAAGAUUUCUACGGACGACAACCCGCAACACAAUAGAUGUCCAGAUGGCGAAAAUUUCUGGUGCUCAUGGAAACAGGCUAAAGCUCGCAACGAACUCGACAACUAUCAACACAAACCAGCAAUGAAAGAUGAAGUUUUCAAUGCUGUUAGACCCAUUUAUGAAGAAUUGAGCCGCGAUGAACUAUUAUCUCGGUGCUUGGGUGGGUUUACGCAGAACAGCAACGAGUGCUUCAAUUCUGUUCUGUGGGCUCUCGCUCCUAAAUCUAUGUCCAGUGGCAAAAAAAUCAUUGACAUUGCUGCUGAUAUUGCAGUAUGUAAUUUUAACGAUGGGUUACACAGCAUUAUGGACAUUAUGCAAAUUUUGAACCUGCCUAUAAGUCAAAGUUGCUAUACUUUUUGUGUACAAGCCGAUAAUUAUCGCAUUCAGAAAGCAGAAGAUUCGAUGACUGAAGCUGUUCGAGAGGCUAGAAGAAGUGGUAUUUCUGCUCGCAAGCUUACCAAUGAAGAGGAUAUAGAUGCUGAAGGAGUAUUGUAUGGCGCAGGCAUUGCAGAUUGACGGAGCCACGUACAGAGCGGAAUUUGACAUGCCGUCUAACGGUGUUCCUCCAAAGGAAUAUAUUUUGGC